UAUAAAUACCGGAAAAUCGGUAUGUGUGGCAUCGCUGCUCAGCAGCACAAGAACACGCGAGUCCGCAGAUUUAGCAAACGAAAGGAGAAAAUAUUCCUGCAUACGCCAAGGUUGGAAGAGGAGGAUUUGCAUACCAGAAAACGUGAUUUUUUUUUCUUCUGUAGGAGCUAUUGAUUAAAAUUAAAAACAGCAAUGGAGCAAAUUAUACGGAAUCUUCUCGUCGCGGACAACGAUUUGAUCCAACAGGCAAGUGCCGAACUCAAAGAGGCAUUUAAACGCCCGGAAACAAUUCCUCAGUUAUGCGAUUUAGCUGUUUCGCACAAAGAUGCUCAAGUGCGUCAGUACAGUGCAAUGCUGUUGAAAAAACAGCUUGGCAAGUUGCGAAAUUGGAGACAAGUCCCUGCAGAUCAACAGGCUCUCAUAAAACAGGGUAUGUUGGAAGCGAUCGUCAAAGAGCCGGAGAAAUCAGUACGAAAUGCAAUUACUGCAUUUGUCGGAAUUUUGAUUCGCCACGAAGCCACUAAGGGUGAUGGUUGGAUGAAUGAGGUUCUCAAGUUUAUGUUUGAGAGCACCAGCUCCAGUGAUCCCAGGUUGGCUGAGAUUGGAUCGGCCACCUUUGCAACCUUAACGGACAUAUCCCCUGAUCAGUUAAUUCCGCAUUUCGAUACCGUGUGCCAACUAUUCUCAUCUGCUUUGGUUGCGACCGAAGCAAGCGGCAACAUGGCCACUCCAGUAGUCUACAAUAUCCUCCAGGGUAUGUCCCAUUUGGUUACAUUUAUAACGGGACAUCCAACUGCCGAAAACACUUAUCAAGCAUCUAUUCCUUACGUUGUCAAAGCACUAGCCGGGUUCGCCCAGCAGGAUUCGUUCAAAUUUAUCGAAGCGUUCGACAUUUUGGAAAAUCUCGCAGACGAAUCGUCUCGGGUGCUUACUCCUCAUCUGAAGUUAUUGAUUGAGUUUUGUUUGGAGAUUGCUCAGAAAGAUGACCUUGAUGAUUCAGUUCGUGUUAAAGCCAUUACCUAUAUUGGUUGGUUGGUAAGGUUGAAGAAAAAGAUGAUCAUUAAGCAAAAAUUGGUCGAACCAAUCGUCAUUGCCUUAUUCCGGUUGAUGAGUGUUGCGCCGGAAAUGGAAGACGAAGAUGAGGAGUAUUUUGGAAGCAAUGAAGUUUCUACACCUAGCACAUGUGCGGCUCAAUCUAUGGAUGUGUUGGCACUGCAUAUUCCACCGAAGCAACUUAUCCCAACUCUAAUGGCACUUCUAGAACCAGCGUUGCGUGGAAACGAUCCGCUCGCUAAAAAGGCUUCAUACUUAUCUAUUGCCGUAAUAGCUGAGGGAUGCUCGGAACAUAUCUGUAACAAGUAUUUGAAACCUUUGCUAGACGUCAUCAAAACAGGGAUAACCGAUCCGAAUGCAAUGAUUCGCAAUGCAGCAUUGUUUGCUCUAGGCCAAUUCUCCGAACACUUGCAGCCAGAGAUAUCUCAAUACGCAGAAGACAUCCUACCGAUUUUGUUCGAAUUUCUUCAACAGCUUUGCCUGCAAAUUCGCAGUGGUGGUAAGGAACCUCCACACAUCGAUCGUGUUUUCUAUGCUCUGGAAACUUUUUGCGAAAAUCUAGAAGAUCAACUAACUCCUCAUUUGCCAAUUCUCAUGGAGCGCCUCUUCGAGGCCUUGGAUGCUCGCAACACCGUCCAUCUCCGUGAACUUUCGUUGACAGCUAUUGCUGCAACAGCAAAUGCAGCUAAGAUCAACAUGUUACCAUACUUUCCACGCCUCAUUGAUCAACUAAAGUUGUACCUGGUGAAAACCGACGACGAAGAUAUUUGCACUCUGCGCCCUCAAGCUAUCGAUACAUUUGCUGCACUGGUUCGAACAAUCGGAAAAGACAAUUUUCUUCCAUUAGCAGUUGACACUUUGAACUUAGGAUUGACCAUGAUGGACGGCUGCGAUGAUCCAGAUCUGAGAAGAAGUUGCUACAAUCUGUUUGCUUCCAUGGCCUCUUCCGUAAAAGAGGACAUGGCCGGAUCACUAACGAAAAUAGUUGAAGCUAUGUUAGAAAGCGUAAAAAGUACCGAGGGAAUCGUGCCUACUUUCAAAGAAGACGGUGAUAACUUGAUCCUGCCGAAUGGCGAAGGUGACGACGAAGAUGAUGACGAAAAGGAAUUCGACAUUGAAAACUCGGAUAACGAAAACGAAGAAGAUGACGACAUUGCAGGCUACAGUGUUGAAAAUGCCUAUAUGGAUGAAAAAGAAGAAGCUAUACUUGCUCUUAUGGAACUUGCCGAGCAUACUGGUCCCGCUUUUGCGCCUUUCAUCCAAACUUCAUUUGAAGAAAUCUACAAACUCAUAAAUUACCCUAAUGAAGAUAUUAGGAAAGCGUCUAUUGAUGCUUUGAAGCAAUUUGUCAUAUCACUCCAUGAACUUGGAAAUACUGAAGGAGUUACUCAAACAAUAUUGGUGUUAAUCCCGAAAUUAAGCGAAAUAAUUCGAACCGACGAGGAGAGAACGGUUGUAAUGUCAGCAUUAGACGGUUAUAGCGAUAUAAUGGAAAAAGUUGGCGCUGCAGCUAUACAAGCUGAAGGACAAAAGGAUGCCAUUUUUGAAUGCAUUAUUGAUGUACUGAAUGGCAAAGUAGCGUGCCAGUUUGAUGAACCUGUUGAUGAGGAUCAAGAAGAAAGUGAAUAUGAUGAAGCAAUCAUAGAAUCUGCCGGAGAUAUUCUUCCUAAAUUUGGACGUGCUCUACCCCCGGCAGAAUUUGCAGUUUAUUUCGGCCGUGUUUGGCCAUAUUUCAUUCAAAAAAUCGAAAAGUCCAAACAGAAAGACGAAACCACUGAUUCACAAAGAGCCUUUGCAAUUGGUGUUUUAUCCGAGUGUUUCCGUGGCUUGAAGGAGUUCACUAUGAAUUGGGUGGAACCGCUUUUGCCCAUCUUCCUAUCUUGUGUGCAGGAUCGAAAUAAUGAAGUGCGUAACAAUGCUGUUUAUGGGCUCGGUGAAAUGGCAUUGCAUGGAGGAGAAUGCACUUAUAAACACUAUCCUCAGAUUCUCACAUCUCUUUCGACCGUCGUAUCGAAGGAGCAACAUGCGGGUACCUUAGAUAAUAUUUGCGGUGCUUUAGCACGAUUGAUAAUCUCCAACAGUAGCCUGGUGCCGAUGAAAGAUGUUUUGCCGGUGUUCGUUCAAUACCUUCCAUUACGAGAAGACUUUGAGGAGAAUUUGGCUGUAUUCCGCAGUCUGGACGUGCUUUACCGUCAAGGAAAUGAACAACUUAUCCCACUGCUGGGCCGUGUUCUAGUGGUAGGACUGCAGAUACUUUAUAAAAAACAGCACAACACCGAUGAAUGUCGCGACUUAGUAUUCAAUUUCGUCAAACAAAUAAGUAAAGACUUCCCGGAUAAAUUUGCGGAAGUAGCUCGCAGUGAUGUCGAUAUUGCAAACUUCGUCCAAACGCUUCCGCUGCAGUAGAAGUCAGCGCGCGUCCAUUUGAUGCGCAAACUAUACGUCUCUUACAUCAAUCCCUAUUUACAAACAUGUGUGCGUCGUGUGGAAAUGAAACAACGUAGCACUACCAAAUCCUGUCCAUCAACGUCCUCUGUUAAGUUAGCAAAAACUGAAAAGAAUGUUAAUUCCUACGAAGAUGAGUAAAGGGUUACCAGAAGUAAUAUAACAGACCAACUGGAAAUCAAAUUGUUCAUACUGUUAAAAAAAGAUGCUGCUUUAAACCGUAGCAGGAUUUUGUCAAUUAACGUUAACAAACUUAUGCCAAUAAAACGUGUGGUAAGUACCAACCUAUGAUGGCUAGGGAAAGAGAUAAAUCUAAAAAUGAUUAUUUGUUCUUACAGGCUGACAUAGAAAAAAGAGUGUUUAAUGAGGGUUAAGGAAGAGUAUUGAAGCGCGAGUAAAAGAAAUUUAACUGAAAGUCAGCUCGCCACAAGAUAAGAAUAAUAGAACAUUCUUGAGCUGGUUAGCAUGCAAAAGUAUCCAUAAUAACAAAAGUGAAUUGAUUAUUAUUUGGUUUUCUGGAUAAUAGGAACCUAAUGUACCACAUAAUGCAUUAAUUUUGAACUUUUAUAUAAACGUCGUUCUCUAAGAACGAUUAAAAUGUUAACACAUGUAUGUUUAAAAGUUAUUUAUUCGCAUAGGUUAGUUUUUUUUUAUCAAACAAAUAAAUAUAUUAUUGCUCGCGCAUGCCAUGAUUUUUUUUUUGCUGAAACUGAACCACAACAACUAUUACACAGAAAUUUCCAAUAUCAAUCCAUAUUAUUAGCUCGUAGAAAAAUAGAACCAUUAAAAGGUAUCAAACAGUUGCGGAAAAUAUAUUGCUGCUAAAAAAAACUUUCCCAUAACUAGGUAUAUAAAAUACAUCGAAAAAGCGUGUAGAGGUUUUGAAAUUACCGGCAGGUGAAAAUUAUGGAUUACUAUUGAUAAAACUACGUUGGAUUUAUACAAAACAAUAUUAUUAUACAAUCAUUGU